UUUGACAGUGACAGGUACUGUCAUCAGCAGGUGUGUGUCCCAUAUGUUGUAAUCUCGCAGUAACAAUUAAAAUAUUUUUAAAAUGGAAAACGUGGAAGAUCUUAAAACCAAAAUUAGCGAAUUAGAAAAUAAAGUCAAGUUACUGACCACGAAAAAUGCUCGGGAAAAAAUUGAGACCAUGUCGACUGAAGUGGUGGAUUCAAACCCCUACAGUCGUUUAAUGGCAUUGAAACGCAUGGGAAUUGUAAACAACUACGAAAACAUAAGAAACUUUUCUGUUGCAAUUGUUGGUGUUGGGGGUGUAGGAAGCGUAACAGCAGAAAUGUUGACUCGAUGUGGGAUAGGAAGACUCAUUUUGUUCGAUUAUGACAAAGUAGAAUUAGCUAAUAUGAACCGAUUAUUCUUCCAACCGCACCAAUCAGGUUUAAGUAAAGUUGAAGCUGCUGCUGAAACUUUGAAAAAUAUCAAUCCUGAUGUUGAUAUUUCAACGUACAAUUAUAAUAUCACAUCUAUUGAAAACUUUGACAACUUUUCAAACAUACUCAGGACUGGGAGUUUAACAAAUGGUCCAGUUGACCUUGUUUUAAGUUGUGUUGAUAACUUUGAAGCAAGGUUUACGAUAAACGCAGUAUGUAAUGAAUUCAACUUGACUUGGUUCGAGUCAGGAGUGUCAGAAAACGCCGUCUCAGGUCACGUCCAAUUUAUUGUACCUGGGGAGACUGCAUGUUUUGCGUGCGCCCCUCCACUGGUAGUAGCAUCAAACAUCGACGAGAAGACCUUGAAAAGGGACGGUGUCUGUGCAGCAAGUCUUCCAACAACCAUGGGCGUAAUUGCAGGUUUUCUAGUUCAAAAUGCCUUAAAAUACCUCUUAAAAUUCGGCAACGUUUCUAACUAUCUGGGAUAUAGUGCUUUAACCGAUUUUUUCCCAAACAUGAAUUUGAAACCUAAUCCACACUGUGAUGAUUCCAAUUGUCGGUUAAGACAGAAGGAAUUUGCAGCUAAACCUAAAGUCCAAAUUGUUGAAAAUACACAGGAGAGUGAUACACCUCUCCACGAGGAUAAUGAAUGGGGCAUUUCACUCGUUGAUGAAAGUGUUGAAAAUGAGAAAGGAAGUCAAAAUGUAGCCUCGGGUGUUAGUUUGGCUUACACAGUUCCUGAUAAAGAAAUUGGAGAUGUUGAGGUAUCUAAAAGCGAUGAUACGAGUUUAGAGGAACUCAUGGCGCAAAUGAAAGCUAUUUAAAUGUUUUUAAUUAUAUUUUAUCUGAUGUUUUAUCUUUUAGUAAAUUGAAAUUAAAACAAAUUGAAAACUGUUUUAUAAGAUUUAAUUUUUAUGAAGAUAAAUAAUUAUAUUUCUAUUUAUUUUAAUAAAAAAAUUUACAAUAAAAUGGGUGAAACCAGAUUAAAAUUGGCUAAAAAAGAUGUCGGAUUUGACUUUUUCUGUAUUUAAGUUUGCUAUAAACGCUUACACUUUGCAAUUUCCUCCAUGUCUGAAAUGGAAAGUAUUGUUUUAUAAAAUCAGCUGUUCAAUAUAUUUAAUAUAAUUUUUUACAGAUA